UUACUCUUCUCCAUUCAUCGUAACACACCAGCCGCAACACACAACCUCUCUUAUCUUCAUUCAUCGUACAACAAGAGUAAACAACACAUCUGCUUUGUUCUUCUUCAUCGUACAGUUCUCACCUUCCUUCCAACAAUGGCUCCAAGAGGACGUCCAAAGAAAGGUGAGAGGAGAAUGGACGCAGCUCUCGACGCUAUGAUUCCGUUUGGUUUUCCUAACAAACUCGUUCGUCAAACCGUUGAUCAAUUGCUCAAAGUUUAUGACGGUAGUUGGGUUUUCAUUGAAGAACAUGCUUAUACUCUUCUCAUUGAUACUCUUCUUGAAAAACAACAGAAUCAGAAUCAGAAUCAGAAUCAGGAUUGUUUGAUAGAGGGUAAUCCAGGAAAUGGUCCCAAUGAGGCAUCGGCUUCUGGUUGCUCAAACAGAACCCUUCUCCUACCUUGCUCUUCUAACAUGGAUGCGUCCGAUGAUGCACCAUUACCUAGUCAGGCUGUUGGCACUAUAUCAGCUGCCAGUGAAACUGGUCAUCAACUUCCUAUGACUGUGGACACUGCAUCAGCUACAAGCAAAGCUGUUAUUGAGCUUCCCAUCAAGCCCGUCAACAAUUCAGCCACCACCAGUCAACCAAGUAAUCAACUUUCCAUUAUGGCUGCAGACACUGAAACAGCUGCGAGCAAAACUGUUAAUGAACUUCCCAUCAAGCCCGUUGACACUUCAUCUGUCACCAGCCAACCUAGUAAUCCACCUUCCAUUAAGGCUGUAGGCACUGUAUCUGCAACCAAUGAAAUUAACAACCAAGUUCCCAGCAAGGCUAUUAUAGAGACUGUAUCAGCAGACAAUGGAUAUGAAAUUCCUCAGACAAAGUCCUCACAACCUAUUGGGAAGCUUUGUCACAAGAAGCGUAGACCUUGCCAUGGUUGGAUUUCUGAUGAUGAUGAGGAGGAGUUAAUAGAACUGCCUGCAUUGUAUAAGCUAGUGAAUGGGGUGCCUAUGAAAACAAAGCUAGUGAAUGGGAUCAAGUAGUGUUAACAGAGCAGGAUAUUACAUGUAAGUAGUCUAAGAGUUGUAUCAGAUUAGCUUCAAGGUUUCAGAAUGAUAGGUGCUAGAGUGCUACAUGCUCCACCGUGUCUAUAAUGCAUGGCCUUCUAUUACUGGAUUUGUCAGACCAUCGUAUGGUUCAACAACAAUACUUGUUUGGGCGAGUUAAGUUUUACUAUAUAAACCUUUUUGGUUUCUUAAUCACAAAUCUUAUUUAGUUAAGUUUUUGGUGGAUACAUGAUUAUUAGAGUUAUAUUAUGAUGACUAUUGUUUUUUUAUGUGACGAAAAAUUUUGUGCGUCCAUAAUAAGGAUUACAUGAAUGAUGCAAUUACAUUUUUCCCUUUAAGAGGGUUCAAUCC